UUUCGUUUUCUCUCUCUCUCUCUCUCUCUCCUUCUCUCUUAUUACACACCCUCCUCUUCCCACACCAACCAACACUACCUCAUCCGCAUCCCACAAUCCACAAUGGCUGACCUUUCCUACGUUUCCUCGCUUCCGCCUGCCAACCAGGCUUUGUUCCAGGCUAAGAUCGCGAAGAAGAUGACCUUCGCCGAGAUCGCCGACAAGCUCGGCCGCUCCGAGACCUGGGUCGCCGCCGCUUUCUACGGCAACAUGCCCUUUGCGGAAGAAGACAUCGCCGGCCUCGCCAAGGUCCUCGACCUCGACCCGCUCGCCAUCGAGUCCAUCUCCCCCGCCGUCAACUUCCAGCCCGACCGCGCGUCCAAGAUGGAGAUGCCGCCGCGCGACCCGACCAUCUACAGACUGUACGAGAUCGUGCUCGUCUACGGAUACGCGUUCAAGAGCGUGAUUGCGGAGAAGUUUGGCGAUGGUAUUAUGUCUGCUAUUUGCUUCACUUCCAAGAUCGAUAAGGAGGUCGACGAGGAGGGAACUUGGGUUAAGAUCACGCUCAGAGGAAAGUUCUUGCCUUACAUCAAGUACUAAGCAGACGAACGCGACUUGACUUUGGAGGCUGUAAGCCUGUUUUUUGGCCCUUAAUAUGAGAUAUGACUACAUAUAUACUACUAUUGAUUGUACGUAGACACUCUAACUAAGCCGUUCCUAAGUUGACAUCGAGCAAACCGCGUUCUUUCACAUCAUCUAA